AUGGUCGCGACUACUCAACAGAAGCCUGAGGCUGAACAAAAAAAACUGGAUGACAAAAAGGGAACUGGGAAAAAUGAACCCAAGAAAGAAGAAAUGACGGAGGAAGACCAGAAGCUUGAGGAAGAUCUCAAUCUCCUGGUGCAACGUCUUUCUGAGCCCGAUACAUCUCUGUACAAACCAUCACUCGAAACUAUGCGCUCACUGAUCCGGGCCUCUACAACUUCAAUGACUUCCGUGCCAAAACCGCUCAAGUUUAUGCGUCCACAUUAUACCAAAAUGAAAGAGAUCUACGCAUCGAUUGCAGCUACUGAUGUCAAAAAGCUCUGCGCUGACAUUAUUUCAGUGCUUGCAAUGACUUCGGAUGAGCGAACCGACACUAUCAAUUAUCGUAUUCUUGGUUCACACGAACCAAUCGGAGACUGGGGACACGAAUAUGUUCGGCACUUGGCAAUGGAGAUGUCAGAAGAGUGGAAAAAAGAAGGAACAUCCGAUGCAAGAAAGACAGAACUUCUUCAGUUAACUCAAGACAUUGUUAGUCAUCACAUGAAACAUAAUGCUGAAGUUGAAGCUUGUGACUUGCUUAUCGAAAUUGAACGUCUUGAUUUACUCAUAACUUACGUUCAAGAAGUAGAUCACCAGCGUGUUUGCCUUUAUCUUCUUUCCUGUGCACCUUUGACUCCAGAUCCGGACAAUGUUAUUCUUAUCCGCACUGCCCUCCAGCUUUAUCUGAAGUUCAAUCGAUUCCUGGAAUCUGUUCGCUGCGCGAUUAUGGUCAACGAUGUCCCGAAAGUGCGCGAAAUCUUCGCCAAGGCUUCGGACCCACUUCUUCGCAAGCAAAUGGCUAUCUUGCUCGGUCGUCAUCAAAUUUUCUUGGAUUACGAAGGAGCUGAUGAUUCAGAUGCGCUUGCCGAGCUUAACUCGAAUUCCCAUCUUUACGAGUAUUUCCACUCACUCGCUCGUGAGCUUGAUAUUAUGGAACCGAAGACCCCUGAGGGAAUCUACAAGUCUCAUUUGGAGCAUUCUCGUCCAUUUGGAAAUUCCUCUCAGCCGGACUCCACUCGAAUGAAUCUAGCUGCUGCUUUGGUUAAUGGAUUUGUCAAUUGCGGAUUCGGAGUAGACAAAAUGAUGGCUGAAACGGAAGAAGCUUCGAGAUGGUUCUAUAAAAAUAAGGAAUAUGGCAUGCUUACCGCAGCUGCGUCGCAAGGAUUGAUUUGGAGAUGGGACAUCGACACAGGCUUGGCACAAUGUGAUAGAUUCCUUUACAUUAAUGACGACUACAUUAAAGCGGGAACACUUUUGGCUAUUGGUAUCAUAUCAUCUGGAAUUCAAGAUGCAUGUGAUCCAGCUUCAGCUCUUCUUCUUGACCAUGUUCAGUCUGAUCGUUCAAUUAUGAGAGUGGGAUCCAUUCUUGGUCUUGGUUUGGCCUAUGCUAACUCGAAAAGGGAAACGGUGACGAAAAACGAGGAAAGAGGUGUCAUUUUUGAACUCAAAAAAGUUCUCUCUGAUCAAAAACCAUCUGCUAUUCCGGAAGUGAAAGGUCUUGCUGGGCUUUCCCUAGGACUUAUUCUCGUUGGAACAGCUGAUGCCGAAGCUGCUAUGGAGAUGCUUCAAGCUUUGAUGGACAAAAGCGAGACUGAAUUAACUGAUCCCAACAUGCGGUUUUUGGCAUUGGGAAUUGCGUUGAUUUUCCUGCAGACUCAAGACAAGAGUGAUGUCUUUGUGGAAAGCCUCCGUUCACUUCCAGAUCCAUUUGGCGCAAUGGUUUCGACACUCGUGGAAGUUUGCGCUUAUGCCGGAACUGGAAACGUUCUCAAAAUCCAGAAGUUACUUCAUCUUUGUUCGGAGCACUAUGAAACUCCAGUUGCAGAAAAGAAGAGCACAUCGCGUGGUGGACGUGGAGCUAGCUCAGCCGCCGCUGCUACAGCGACUCCAGCUCGAGCUGCUGCUCAAGGAACAAACACGGAUACCACUGCUACGCCUGCACCCUCUGGAACACCAGCUACUGUCCCAGGUGCUCCUAGACGCGAUAACGCUCCUCCUGCUGCUACACCAGCUGCUCCAGGCGUUGCGGGGGCUGCUGGAACUGCUACUGCUACCGAUGCCACACCUGCUCCUCCGGCCAAACCGGACCUUUCUUCUCAACAAGCUGUCGCUGUUCUCGGAAUCGGACUCAUUGCAAUGGGAGAUGAUAUUGGUUCGCAGAUGGCUCUUCGCAUGUUCGGACAUCUUAUUCGAUAUGGAGAACCAGUAAUUCGUCGGGCAGUUCCACUAGCUCUUUCGCUUCUUUCCGUAUCCAAUCCACAGCUCAACAUUCUGGAAACUCUUUCAAAGUUCUCUCAUGAUUCGGAUGCCGAUACCGCUCAUAACGCAAUUUUCGCCAUGGGACUUGUUGGAGCAGGAACAAAUAAUGCUCGUCUAGUUGCAAUGCUCCGUAAUCUGGCAUCUUACCACUACAAAGAUCAAGUUUCGCUCAUGCUUGUCAGAAUUGCUCAAGGAUUGACUCAUCUCGGAAAAGGAACAAUGACUCUGAACCCAUGGCACUCAGAUCGGCAGUUGCUGUCUCCUAGUGCGUUGGCUUCAUUGCUCUCGAUCUGUUAUUGUUUCCUCGACGCCAACAACACCGUGCUCAACAGCCGCCAACAUUACUUGCUCUACACGUUGGUACUAGCAAUGCAACCAAGAAUGCUCACGACUCUGAUUGAGGAUGAAAUGAAGCCUGGAAGCUUGAAACAGUUGAACGUAUCUGUUCGUGUGGGACAAGCUGUCGACGUUGUCGCUCAAGCAGGAAAACCGAAGACCAUCACCGGAUUCCAAACCCAUACCACACCAGUUCUUCUGGCCCAUGGAGAACGUGCAGAGUUGGCGAAUGAGGAAUAUAUUUCGGUAACACCACAUCUUGAAGGAUUGGUUAUUCUAAAGAAAAAUCCCGAAUAUCAGCCAGUGGUCGUGUCGUCAAAGAAGUGA